UGUGCUUUCAUUGUACAAAAAAAAAACUUUAGUCCAAUCAAUGAACAGUCUUUUCCGCAACGUUUUCCAAAAGCAGUGUUUCCGGUAUGUGAAAGAACAUUAUGAGUCAUGCUCCGUGCUUCGAGUGGUGCUUCGUGAUUAGUUGAUCGCCCGCAGGAUCGCCCGCACGGCCCGCACAUUGCACGUGUAUUGGGAUGUGAUUAGUGUUUGGAUAUACGUUCCACAAAACUUAGUGUUCCAUCUCACGUAGAAAUAGUGAUUAGGUAUCCUACAACGCUUUGGUGUUUCAUUUCCUACGAUAGAGCUAUCUCAAUCUCAGCAAGAUAACUUUACCAGAUUUCUGAAGCAUCAAGUGUUGGUGUUCUGAAGAUGAGGUCAUUGCACGUACUGCUCAGUAGGCUGGUCAGAACACAUGGCACGCUUCAGCCACAAUCUUUCUGUACCAGACACCCAUCCCUUGUACGAGCUCUGCAUGACUUUGGUGACCCAGACACAUUCGGUGACUUGAAAAAGCCUCUGGAGAAACCAAGGCAAAAUGAUUCUGUUGAAGAUUCAGAACCGAGCUUUGGAGCUGACUUACACGACCAAGAUAAGUAUGGCAACCACAGCCUACCUAAUGCAAAGGGAAGCAGGCACAAAACUGUUCCUUACAGAAUACAGGAUGACAUGGAAGUUCUGAAAUGGAACUCAGCUCACACAGGUCACCGUCAGUCCCUUGGCAGAUCAGAUCGCAAUAAUCUUUCCUCUGCUGCUCGGGAGACUUGGCCCAGUACAGACGUCCACUCAUCCCGAGGACGGGAUACUCGUGGGGAAGCGCAGGACGCCCGUGGGUUAGAACGUCAAUCUGCUCAGCCCUCCGGUCCCCAAACAAACCCAGCCACAUCAUCCACUGAUGGCGCUGACAAUGGCCCUGACGUCUCAGCUGCCAGUGGUGGUGUCAUCGACUGGGAACUGGAGCCCGAUGACGCCGAUGACGUGGCCGCAGACCGGCUUCGUCAGGUGGUGUCACAGGUGCCCCAGCUGGGGAUAUCGUGUCAUGCCUAUGGCAGGAAGCUGAAACGCAUGGUCAAAAAUGGGAAGCUUCGGGAGGCGUUGGAGCUGUUCAACAACCAGAUGCUGCUGGUGGAUAAACUGCAGCCUGACGCCUACUGCUACAACAUCCUCAUCUCGGGAUGUGCUCAGGCCGGUUACGCCAAGAUGGCCUUCAAGCUCUACAGAGACAUGCGACGGCGCCAUCUGAAGCCAAAGCACGUCACGUACACUGCCCUGCUGAACGCCUGUGCUAACGGACCAUCGCCCGCUGACGGUCUGCGCAGGAUCGAACAGCUGACUACCGCCAUGGCGGACCGGGGAUAUGUGAUGAACCCAAUCAACUACCAGGCGCUGAUCAAAGCAUACGGCCGCUGCGGGGAGCUCCAGCGUGCGUUUGAGACCGCCGACGAGCUGCUGCGACUGGGUCACCCCUUGACCGCCGAGCUGGCCAGUUUUCUACUGCAGGCGUGCAUCUCAGACACCGGAGAGGGCUUCAGACAUGCCCUGCUGGUAUGGCAUAAAGUACGCUCCAAGCACGUACCGCCCUCUAUCUACCUCUACAACCUAAUGCUGCGAGCAGCUCUGGACUGCGGCGCCGGGGACAUCGCCACCUUUGAGCAGGCGAUGAAACUAAUAGUGUCCAGCUCGCCGCUUGACAGCGCUGCGGUCGCUGCUUUGACUGCAGGGGCGAAAUCAGCAUCGGGCUCUAAUCGUGACAAUCGUGAGAGCUCGAAUCUCGGAGAUGGUAAUCGGACAAUGAAUGCUAGUCAGAAGAGUAAGGCGAAGUUGGCAGACUCAGCUCAGUCUUCGCAGAAGCAACAACAGCAUCAACAACAGAAGCAGCAGGACACACAGGUUGUUCACGUGACUGAAUGCCUGCGCUCGGCUGGUGCCUUGGAGAAGAUCGGGCCGCUGGCCGCGGAUCUACCUGACCUGCUGGGACCGAGACCUCACCGAGGAGGUUUGGUGGAGCUGCGGCAUUUGGACACCGCGCCCGCCAGACUGGCUGUACUAGGCGGCUGGACGGGGCUGCUUCAGACCAUGGCUGCCGACGGUGUUCAGCCCGACAUCAGGACCUUCUCGCUCCUGCUGAACACGAUGCCGAACGACUCCGGCCAGCAGGAGAGGUUGCUGAAGACGAUGGAUGCGCUGGGCGUCCAGCCCGACGUCGGCUUCUUCAACCAGCUCAUCAAGAAGCGGGCCUCCUGCCGUGAUACCGCCGGCGCUCAGGCGGCCUUCGGUGAGCUGGAGCGCCGUCAACUUACCCCCGACGUCGCUUCGUUCGGGUGUCUGGCCAUGUCUGUCUCCUCACAGCGGGGACUCGAUGAGUUCAUGGAGAAGUUACAGGCGGCCAACGUACGGCCAAACGUGGAGAUUCUCACCACCCUUCUGAACGGCGCGGCCCGGGCGGCCGACCCACACCGCACUCUGACCGUCAUGGAGGCGUUUGUGAAGCACCAAGUGCGUCCCGACCGCCGCGCCCUGCAGCGGCUGGAGGAGCUCAGGCUGAGGCUACAGGAGCUGCUGGUGGAGAGGGAGCGCGGUGGUCCGGUGCCGUCGGCCGCCCGUCGGCGCUCCUUCCCCGAGUGGGUACAAAAGUUCCGACUGCGGUACGCCGGCUGGCUGGCCGAGACGGAGAUGGAGCCGGAACUGCCUCAGAGCAGCCAGUACCGGCCUCGGUCUCUGGUAGAGACGGUAGAGGAGGGGAAGCGGGUUACUGCUGGAGGGACUUGAACAGGAUUGCAUUGAGUUGCAUUGCAAGAGAACUUAAAUCUGCAGUCUCCAAAUAGUCUGCAAGACCUGAAUGACCAUAGUCUGUGAGGAGCUGGUAGACCGUAGUAUUCAGAAUUCAGGACCACGGUCAACGAAACGUCCUGAAGACCACGUUUGAUCAUGGUCUACGAUAGACUCGUCUUUUAGACCUCACAGAUCACGGCCAGUGGCUGCUACUCUCGUUGGUCAUAUUUCGCGCUGUGUAUCGUUUGAUGCUCGGGCAGAUGCUGUAUUACUUACGCAGUAACGGCAUUGUCAACUGAGUACUGUACGCUGUGAUAAUCAUU